CGUGGCUAUAACAUCCACCUAACAUCCGAAAGAGCUACACUGACGCAGUUAGAAUUUGAGCAAGCAACAUGGUUCAACGUACUCUCAUCUGUUUUGUGGUCGCUUUAGUUUCUGUGAGGUUUGCAGAGACUACCGACAAAGUUUGUGGUCCCGACACCAGUAAUGGUUUACAAGACUCAGCCAACCAGGCCAAAGAGGCAGCAUUUGAUUGGUUGGAAUCACAACAUAAUGAUCAAUGGGGCUGGGACCACCAGGUCACCCCAGCCGCCGUACUUACACUACAACUGACUGAUCCAACAUGGUUUAACGAAGAACAUUUAGAAAGUCAACUGUCCGUGAAACAACUUGAGAUUGAGAUGCUCAGUCUCCUAAGUAUGACUAGACCACCAUUCAGGGCAGAGAGUGAUUCAGAUGAAGAUGAUAAUGGAAACGAGUUCAGAAACUUAGCUGCAGGCCGCCUGGCUAAUUAUAUCUUGGGCCUUAAUACUACUUGUCACAAAGUCUCAGAUUUCUUCGGAUAUAACUUACCAUCGAUUCUAACAUUUAAGAUGCGUCGUUUUCCAACACAAGACUUCAGCAACUACUUCCAGUAUAGUUUUGCUAUCUUGGCUCUGUGUAACUCGAAUUCACGAAUUAUGCGUACAUUUGUUGAUGUAAUAACAGAAGAUAUUGAUUUUGGUAGCCAUGCUGGUGUGGACAUAGCUGCCAUGGUCGUGACUGCAUUGUCAUGUCUACGAGACAUGCCAGAGUUUGCUAAUCAUACGGAUAUAAAUGAGGCACUGCAGCGAGGAAUAAGCUAUAUAAAUGAACAUCAGGAAUCAGAUGGUAGUUUCGGAAAUAUACAUGCAUCGUCCCUUGCCUACCAAGCUUAUAUGGCAGCUGGAGUACCUCCCUCUGAAUGGCAGUGCACGGACCUUGUUAGUACACUCAUAGACGAACAAAAUCAGGAUGGUUCAUUCAAAGGCCAACUGAUGGCGACAAUUCAGGUACUGCCAACGCUAGCAGGAAAACACUACAGUCACAUCAACACAGAAAUGUGCCCCACAGAGGAAGAAGAAGAAGAAGAUAUUCCCGAGUUAUUUGAUCACAACGAGGGCGGUGAUUUAAUUUCCAUGAGCAUAUCAGUGAUUAAUGUUCUUGAUGAUAACGAAGAGUUAGGAUCAUUCAGCUUCUAUGUAGCCUCUGGGUAUAAUCUAUAUAGCAUCAUGCAAGGUCUUGUAUUAUUCACUCAAGGAAGCUUUAAUUUUGUACCCAAGGAUACCACAUGGGGCCACUUCAUCGAAUCAAUGUAUGGUAUUAAAGGCGAUAAUGUGGCUAAAACAUUCUGGCAUAUUUCCAAUCAUGACGAAUCACUGUCAGUUGAGAAGUCGGACAUUCCUGAGCUGUUUGAUCAUAACGAGGGUGGUGAUUUAAUUUCCAUGAGCAUAUCAGUGAUUAAUGUUCUUGAUGAUAACAACAAAUUAGGAGCAUUCAGCUUUUAUGUAGCCUCUGGAUAUAAUCUAUAUAGUAUCAUGCAAGGUCUUAAGAUCUUUUCUCAUGGAGACUUCAAGUAUGUUGUCAAGAUGGAACCGCCAUUGGGUCACUUCAUCGAAUCAAUGUAUGGUAUUAAAGGCGAUAAUGUGGCUAAAACAUACUGGUCUAUUUCCAAUCAUGACGAACAAUUAUCAGUGGACAUAGCUGCCAUGGUCGUGUCUGCAUUGUCAUGUCUUCGAGACAUGCCAGAGUUUGCUAAUCAUACGGAUAUCAAUGAGGCACUGCAGCGAGGAAUAAGCUAUAUAAAUGAACAUCAGGAGUCAGAUGGUAGUUUCGGAAAUAUACAUGCAUCCUCUCUUGCCUACCAAGCUUACAUGGCAGCUGGAGUACCUCCCUCCGAAUGGCAGUGCUCAGAACUUGUCAGUACACUCAUAGAUGAACAAAAUCUGGAUGGUUCAUUCAAAGGCCAACUGAUGGCGACUAUUCAAGUACUGCCAGCGCUAACAGGAAAACACUACAGUCACAUCAAUACAGAAAUGUGUCCCACAGAGGAAGAAGUGAUUACUUGA